ACGAGAAUCGUCUGUAGGAUCAGCUGCAGUGACUGAGCCCCAGGCUGUGGAAGCAGCAGAAGUGUUGAAAUUACUUCAACUUCCGGGUGAAUCCGUCUUGCCGUUGCGCCGCUGAGAUUUGGCGACCACUGACCAGCCAAGUCAUUCCUUAUGGAUUACUCUACACCACAGAAUGUGUUUAGACAGCGUAAGUUAUAUCCAAAUAUGCGCCUGAGGAACACUUCCAUUGAUGGUUCAGAUGGCAGCCAGCUGUUUGACGAUACAAGCGGAGCUACACCUGCAUCACAAAUGGGCUACAAGAACCAGCAGGCUGGUCCUGAAUCAGCUGCAUAUCCGGGCCAGUCGCUCCUGUCAGACCCCAUGUCUAACUUGGCCAUGGCAUAUGGAAGCUCGCUGGCGUCCCAGGGCAAGGAAAUGAUGGACAAAAAUCUGGACAGGUUCAUCCCAAUUUCUAAGCUGAAAUAUUAUUUCGCUGUGGACACUGUGUAUGUUGGAAAGAAGCUGGGCCUUCUGGUUUUCCCCUACAUGCACCAGAAUUGGGAGGUGAACUACCAGCAGGACACUCCUGUUGCUCCUCGUUUCGAUGUUAACGCCCCUGACCUUUAUAUUCCCACCAUGGGUUUCAUCACCUACAUCCUUGUGGCUGGUCUGGCCCUCGGCACACAAAACAGGUUUUCUCCAGAGCUGCUGGGAGUUCAGGCCAGCUCAGCGUUUGUCUGGCUGAUCAUGGAGGUCCUGGCAGUUCUUCUUUCACUUUACCUCGUGACAGUGAACACUGACCUCACCACCAUCGACCUGCUGGCAUUUUCUGGUUACAAAUAUGUCGGCAUGAUUGUUGGUGUCGUAUCGGGCUUAUUGUUCGGAAAACCUGCCUAUUACCUGUCUCUGCUGUGGUGCUGUGCCGCCAUCUUUAUCUUUAUGAUCCGCACUCUUCGUUUAAAGCUGCUAUCGGAGUCGGCAGCUGAGGGGAGGCUGGUGAGAGGAGCCAGGAAUCAGCUGAGGAUGUACCUCACCAUGUCCAUAGCAGCAGCACAACCCAUCUUCAUGUACUGGCUCACCUGCCAUCUCAUCAGAUAGAAACUGGAACAGAGGCACACAUCAAUUGGAAGAUGAACUUGUUCUCCUCACCUGUCAUCUCAUCUUCUAAACUGGACCAGGAUAAACUGGAUCAAUCGCCUCACGUGAAGUUCAACUUUUCAUAUUUGUCUGGAAUCGAACAACACAGAAGAGCCACAAGAUCAUAAGAAACCUUUUUUUAUGUCUUUGCCGCAGCAAAGCCUGUUAGUUGUUCUGCCCUUUUUUGUUAUGUCCCCAAAGAAAUUGUGGCAGAAAGCGGCUUUGUUGUUUUCUAUCCAAUUUGUUGAUUGUAUUUUUUGUACUAAUAUUUAAUGUACAUUUGUGUAUAGCAACAGCAUUACUGCCGAGGGGGCUCUGGUCUGACAAAAGUGAUGUUCCUGAGCCGACAUUUAUGAAAGCACACUAACCUCACACACAAAUGCAGUCUUGCUUGUUAACUUCAACAGUCAAUCCUACGUUUACUUCAACAACUUCAGGAUAGUGUUAUUAAUGUUUGUCCUUUAACUGCAGAGCCAAUAAAGUAAGGUGUACAAA